AUGACUGAUACUUAUGGCCUGAAACCGCAAUCUUUCGAUUUGGAGGAUGGUGGGGAGAGGUAUUACAUCGGCGCUGAAAAAUACCCGCUUUUAUGGAAACGAGUGGCGACAGUGGAGGAAAGGGAAAGGAUUCGGAACAUCAAUGCAUCACCUGCUUUUUUGAAUACGAAUAUCAUGCUCCUCAAGCAAACGGAAGUUGACGAGAUGCUAUCGGGAAACGAUGAGAAAUAUCGGGUACCCGGUGGUCAAUCUACGCCAAGAACUGAAGGCGGAUUCACCCCGUUGAAGCCGAAUCCACCAAAGGCUGUGCCAGCAAGUGGAUGGAUUGGACAACAGGUGACGACUGGCUCUCAUCAUCUCGAAUCUGUGCCCGCUUCUCAUCCAAAACAGGCCCGAAAACUGCUCGACAACGCUGAUAAGCCGGAAGAUUUGGUCCCAAUUCGGCUGGAUAUGGAAAUUGAUGGAAUCAAGCUGAGAGACACGUUUUGCUACAAUCGAAAUGAGCACCUCAUUUGCUACAAUCGAAAUGAGCACCGCGCCGGAUAUUGUGAGUUU